AUGAAGGUCGUGGUUUCGACCAUCCAUGGUGGCACCAUCAAUUUUGGUGCCAUAACGCCGGACGCUCAAGUUUUCCACCAAAGCUCAUCGGUUCUAUUCCGACCAAUGAUCAUCGGGUUGACCAUCAAUGGUAGCACCAUCAAUUUUGGUCUGUGCUACUCGGAGCUGUCCACGCGGUUCCCGAAGGCCGGCUCGGCGUACGUGUACGUGUACGCCACUGCGGGCGAACUCCUGGCCUUCCUGGUUGGCUGGGCGCUGGUUCUAGAGUACGCGCUAGCCGCGUGCCUGUCGGCAAAGGCCCUCAGUCGCCACCUGGCGGCCCUCUCGUUCAGCGCCAUCAGGGCGUAUCGCAACAGUUCGAGCCCCGUCGUGGAGUCGUCCGGCUCGCCACCCGGCUGGUCGCAGCGACUCCUGUUCGAGCACUCGCUGGCCAACUACCACGUGCCCGGGUUCGACCCGUGUCCCGACAUCGUGGCUGCCGCAGUGCCCGUGUUGCUCACGGCGGCGCUCGUCGCCAAGCCCAAGGUGUUCAUAGUGUUCCUGAACACGGCGACCAUCGCCAACGUCUUCGUUUUGGUCGCCCUCAUGCUGACCGGCUUCUUCAAGAUGAACGCCGACAACUGGACAGCAGGCGCGGGUUUCUUUCCCAAUGGCAUCGUUGGGGUCUUCAACGGCGCGGCCACGUGCACGUUCGCCUUCGUCGGCUACGACCUGGUGGCGCAGACCGCCACAGAGACAGCGCACCGGUUCCGCGUGGUCCCUUCGGCCGUCAGCCUGGUCUUCCUGCUCAGCCUGCUGGGCUGCUUCAGCAGCUCGGUGGCCGUCACGCUCCUGUCGCCACACUCGCAGCUGGGCGGUUCGGCGCCGCUCCUCCAAGCCCCAUUCAUCCGUGGCCUACCGGGCCUGCUCUGGGUGCUCGGCUUCGGCUCGCUCUGCGGUCUAGCCUCGGCCACCGCCGCGGCGCUGCGGGGCCUGGCCAUGCUCCUCGCUUCGCUCUCGGCCGACGGACUCCUGUGCGGACUCACCGAGGGCACGAAGCGGGCGGCCGUCACCGGCGGCUUCCUCGUCUCGGUGGCAGCCAUGUUCGUGCACCCGGACACGCUCAUGGGGAUCUUGGGUCUGGGCACGGUGCUAUCGCUCCUGACCACGGCGGCGUCCGUGCUGGCGCUCCGCUACGGCCUCAUCGAUCACUUGCCCCUCGAGCUGGGCGACCUGAGCAGGGACUCGAGCGCGACCCUGACUCGAGGAGGAUGCCUCCUCGACGGCAUCGCGGACAGGCGGCGAUCCCUCGAGAGAGGAGGACGUGGUCCGUGGAAGCUGGUCAACCAGGGCUACGUGACCUCGCUGUCGGGCGUCGGCGGCGGCUCUUCCUCCAAAGUGUCCUCGUCGCUGUCGCCGUGCGGCGUGUCGGGCGUGCCUUCGCGCUGCUCGGCGCAGCGGACCGCGGUGCUGGUGUGCGCGAUGGUGGCGCUCAUGUUUCUCGUGGGAGUGCUUACGGUGCACGCGCCUCGCGUGGUGGGCGCCGGCGCCGCGCGCUGGUGGCUCGAGGCGCUCGCGACGGCCGCGUUGGCCGCCGUGCUAGCGCUCGCUGUCGUCGCCCUGCGGCAACCCCGGCACGGUGCCCCGUCGGCCGGCCGCAACGCCGUGCCCUGCGUGCCUCUGCUGCCCCUGUGCGCGCUGUGGAUGGACGUGCACCUGUGCGUGUGCCUGCCCUACACCGCCUGGCUCGCCUUCCUCGUCUGGCAGCUGCUCGGUGAGUGCUAG